UGCAAGUCAAAAACCAUUCCCGAAGAGACAGCCAUUCUUGACAUUUCUACAGCGAUUGUCAACAUUAUAGCCAUCCUUCCUGCAAUUCUGGGGAAUAUUUUGAUAUUACUAGCAAUCCGCAAGACAUCAUCCAUAGCAAUGCCAACCAAAGUACUUCUCGGAAGCCUCGCUUUCACGGAUCUUGGAGUCGGAUUACUUGCACAGCCAUUAUACGCCGUAAAAACUCUUUCUUCGGACGUCUUAACCAGAUGUGUGAGUGGCGUGCUGUUUGAUAUUUUGUCUGGCCAUCUUUCCAUUACGUCGUUUUUUAGCGUAAUGUUUAUCAGCCUUGACCGAUUCAUGGCACUCCAUUUAAAGCUGCGUUAUCGCACUAUAGUAACCCUAAAACGCUGCCUUUUUAUCGCAGUACUUGUUCGAUUAGUUGCCCUUCCAUGGGGUUUAACCUUCAUCUGGAUGCACAAAGUCUAUUUUCUUCUCAUACUGACAAUUUUACCCAUCUGCUUGGUAAUCUCUUCCUUGUCGUUUAUCAAAAUCUACCUCAUUCUUCGCCGAAAACAAAAGUGCUUCAAAACUCCAGCGCAACACAAGUCUUUGAGACGAGUCGACGCCCUCACAGUCUCACAGUACCGUGAGUCCGUCAACAGUAUGUUUAUCAUAUUUUGCGCUUUAUUGGUGGCGUAUAUUCCAGCCUGGAUCGUAGUUUUGGUUCGAAUCAUUUACGGAAGAACAGAAUACUUGGAUAAAGCAACCACAGCAACUUUGACGAUAGUUCUUUUGAACUCGACGGUGAAUCCAAUUCUAUAUCUAUGGAGAAUGAAAGAGCUGCGACAGUCUGCCUUGGAAGUGAUAGCACACAUAAUCCCGAUAUCAGUAACACGGAGAAGUAUUUCAAAAAACGCCGUUGAAAAUGUUGAACUGCGCACUGUGUGGCAAUAAAGUGUUGCUGGACGACAGUUUUCUUGCCUUUCCGAAGCUGCAGAAAAUGGCUCAAGCGUAUGGGAUUAUUUCAUUACUAGCUUUAGCGGGACUUAUAGGGCUAGCACUCCUCGUCGUUCUUUCGACGCACAAUCCCGAUGGUUACUUUUGACAUCCCACCUUGCGCGUUCACUUUCAGUCCCCAAUCUUACCCUCAUUUUGCUUUUAGAUCCCGAAUCCCGAGCUUCAAACAAAGGAAAUCCCGGAUCUCGAAAAACCUAUUGGGGACCCUCUUUAUAACUUUACAUUGUCAAGAUUUGCACAAUUUGCGAUGUUUUUUUUUGUGGAUAUUCUGAACAUGAGAACUAAACAACUAAAGCCAAAAAAUCUGCUCAUUGGCAAUUAAAACUAGAGUGGCACCUCGCCUCACGAGUGGAACGCCGCCGUUCAUAGGAUUAUCUCAUGAUUAUUGUGACCACAACAUUUUCUCUUGGACAAAACUGAAAAACCGUCAAACAUUUUCAUUUUUAAAACCUCUCGUUAAUACGACGGGGAUUUCACAGCCUUACGGUGGUCGCCUGAUUAACUAGGUUCCAUACCUGUAGUCACUGAAGAGAUCAUCCUAUUAUGAUUUCUUGCUGAAGUAAGUAACCGUUCACAGGGGAGAUACCGUACUGUUUUUUUUUUUUUAAGUUAAGGGUCUAAAUAAAAUUCUUUCGUGUGACCAUUCAAAUAAGAGAUAUGAACAGUACUUGUCUGAGGUAUUGAUUAUUGAUGGGCUAUACAAGACACACGAUCUAUACUCUUAAGAUUGAUCUUUCAGACGAGAACUAUUACAUGUGUUAAACAAAGGUUAAAUAUUAUUGAGCGUCAUUUUUCCCUUCAAUAAUUUGGAAAAUGAAAUUGUUUCACUUUUGAACCGGGGCCUUCAUGGUAAUAAAACUUAAAAGGACUGGCAACUUAAUAUCAUUUUUUUAGAGCAGGUGUAUAAGGUAUUUAUUACCUUUUGGGUGACAAAAGGUGCUAAGUAUAAUUUCGCUUUUUUAGCUGUAAAGACAAACAAGGUUUUAAACCACUUUCAUUAAUUUCGAAAGCUUAUAUUAGACAAAACGUCAUGGAUGCUACACUUAACACUUAAGAACCUCGAAGUAGCCACGAUCUCUUAAAUUAUUGUCAUUUAAUUAACCAUGGGCAAUCUGUCCGAGUCUUCAAGCCAACCUCUUCGCAUCUGCGACUUCUACCCCAGACCCACCACAGACGUAGAACACAUUUCCACGGCCGCCUUAAACCUGUUUUUUUCGGUUUCGGCAAUAAUUUGCAACACACUCGUCCUUGUUGCAAUUCGUCGUACGUCUUCUCUUUGGCUGCCCACGAAAAUCCUUCUGUCAAGUUUAGCAUUUGCGGAUGUCUGCGUUGGGAUUCUUGUACAACCUUUUUUUGCAAUGAAAAUACUCCUUGGUAACAAUCUUGCACGUUGUGUCGUAGGAGUGCUGUUUGAUUUUCUUUCGGGGCACCUUUCUCUUGUUUCUUUUACAACAAUGAUGUUGAUAAGUAUUGACAAAUGUAUGGCUGCCCAGCUUAAAAUGAGAUACCGUAUUGUGGUGACCACAAAACGUUCUCUUAUUGCUGUGACUUUCAUCUGGGUCUUUGCAGUUCCAUGGGCGAUUUCGUUCUUCGUAAGUUUACAGGUUUAUUGUGUCUUUAUCGCAGUAGUCAUUCCCCUAUGUUUUUCGAUAACUUCGGCUGCUUUCGCGAAGAUCCAGUUUGUUCUACGCCGACAAGGAACACAAUAUUCAGUAGCGGCCAGUUAUAACACAUCUUCCCUACACCAUAAAAAAAGAUGUGCGAGCAUGUCCCGUUAUAGGAGCUCUGUUCGAAGCAUGGUAUAUGUCUACUUUGCCCAAGUUGUUGCAUACUGUCCGGCCUGGUUGGUCAUGCUGACACGAGUGUUAUCUGGCACAAGCCCCGCAGCAAUCCGAGUGGCGACCGAUUUAACAUUGACUUUUGUUUUUAUAAAUUCUACGGUGAACCCACUGUUAUAUUUAUGGCGGAUUAAAGAGCUCCGUGCAUCUGCUGCUGAAGCUAUUUCGUGCUGCAUCUUCAAACCAGUAAGAGUUAAUAACAGACCAGAGACACCAGCUGAAGAAGCUACAUAUCAUGCGAGGACUAGGACUUUUGUAGAGUGCAUUGGACCUUAAGCCUUCCACCUAAAUGUGGUGUCAGAGUAACUUUGGAUAAAAGGCCAAAAGGAAAAGGUCCUUGUUUCACGUCGGGAACUCGCCACGGUACACAGACAAUGAGACCGACGGUGCGCCCAUUUUAACCCCCCCCCCCCCUCGUCCACAGAUGCUGCCUUAUACGGUUCUUAAAGGUACUAUAGGACACACGGAAAGGAAAAAAGUCGAAAUAAGAAUUUCAGAUCAUUGGGAAUCGAACUCGGAACCGGCUCCUGCACAGAAAGUUGCGCACCCGACUGUGCUAAUCCUUGCAGCUUUCAAUUGAGCAAUAGACUGUAUAUAUACAGCCUUUACUCGUAAAUGUAUGCUGCACUGUUUCCGAGAAUCACGAAUACCUCUAUAGUGCUCAAACCUGCGCAUUGAAAAGAAAGGAACAAAAUGAGAACCUCAAGUCCGCGAUUUGUAACUCCAUUUCAGACGGAACCGGUCUCGGUUUAGGGCAUGCCAUUUCGUACAGUGGCAUGUCAGUUCUUCCUGAGAUACGCUUUCAUUUUCCAUUGACAAUAACUUUAAGAGCAAACGGUAUGAACCAAUUUAAAUUUGAUAUGUUCAGAGAAAGCUACAAUCAUGUACAUGGCGAGUUUGUGUGUAAUUAAGUGUGGUGUGGGCUCAUUAGAAAAAAAAUAUGGAGAAUAGUGAAAAUCUUACCCAAGUAUCACGGCAAGCUUUACUAGUGAUCAUUGUUACUUUUGUUGCCUUAUAUAUUUGGUAACUUUAACAGUUGACAAAAAAAAAAACAGUGAUCAGUUAUCUGUCUCAUAUGUAGUCCAUGACUUUCUUUAAUCAUAUUUCAACAUUCUAAGAUUGAAGGCUCUAAAUAUUUAUAACGAAGAAAUGAAGACAAUAAAAGUAACCUAAUAAACUAGAACAAACAGAAGCAGUGUGAGUUGAUUCAAUAAAAGUUGCUAAGAAACUGGAUUUUCUUCACUUUCUGGAUGAGGCGUUUUCUUCAUUACGAAAUCGAAGAAAGGGAUUCGACAGCAAAGUCAAACAGUUGGAUGGUAAUAACUAGGGUUUAACUUGCCAAUUUUUUUCAUUAAAGCAAGUAUGCGCUAUAUACUGAUUCUUUACGUUGAACAUUAUUUCACAAGCUAGACGGCGAAUGGCUGCGUUUGUUCCGUUUAAGUGCUGCUUAUAGGCGAUAAUAAAAAAGAGAAUUUAAUAAACACCUCAUGACUUUUGUUUACGCUGAUUGUACACAAAUUAAAAGCCAAGGCAAACAUGGAAGGAUGAAGGAAAAAGGUUUUUAUUUCAACGGUUGAUGAUUCCGUUUUGGAAUUUUUUUUACAGAGUUAAACUAAAUCAAGCAUAUAAAACAAGACUGAAAAUCAAUUAAACUCUACAUAAGCUCUGGAUAAAGUGGACAUGAGAAAAGGAUAAUUCAAUCUAGGCCAGGUGAUACUGCAGUUUUACUGUUUUAAUAUCUCGAAACAAAAAGCAAACUGUUCGGCAGGUGCGUCGCUCGGUACAGGAUUAUAGAGUAAGUGUGAAAAGAAAUGUUUACACCGCGUGAGGUACAAGGUAAUUUGUCACCGCUUGGCCUGAUACGUGAGCUGGUUUAUGUGGUGUAUGUGGUGGUGUACCUAUAAAUUAGGUUUUCGAAGAGUAUCUUUUUAUCGUAUGAAGGCAUGGUGCAAGAAAUUGGAUGACCAAACUUAUAUUUAGUUGACUGAGGAUGUCGUAGUAGAGUCUUACUCUAACCUGCAUAGGAUGGAUGCAGUGUAUUAGCGUUUUGUUUUUCUGAUUCUUUUAAUUUAAGUUGUGGGAGAAAGAGGAAGCCAAACAUUUUCAAGCAUUCAUGUCUACGCCCACCGCAACGAUGGAAAGCAAAGCGGAGGAAACACACAGCAUUUGCGACUUUUAUGUGUUAACGGAAAGAGACACUACAGAUAAAAUCAUUGCAUGUUUGAACUUAGCAUUUUCAAUCCCAGCAAUUAUGGGAAACCUUCUGAUCUUGUUUGCCAUUCGUCGAAUAUCUUCUAUGGGGCUACCAUCCAAAGUUCUUCUUGGUAGUCUUGCGUUUUCGGACUUUUGCGUUGGGUUAAUUGUGCACCCUUCUUUCGCACUCUACAAGGUACUGACUCACAAUCUAGCCAGAUGUAUCAUUGGUUUGGUGUACGAUUUUACGUCCGGCCAACUUUCUCUUGCCUCACUUCUCACAAUGGUGUUCAUUAGCCUCGAUAAAUUCAUGGCCUUGCAUUUAAAGAUGAGGUACCGAACAGUUGUAACUUCCAAAAGAUCUAUCGCACUCGUGGCAAUAACAUGGACACUAUCGCUACCAUGGUCGGCCUCUUAUCUUUUUACUCCACGUUUAUACUUCGUUCUGGUAUUAAUUAUAAUUCCUUUUAGCUUUCUGGUGACGUCGAUCGUUUUUGCUAAAAUUUAUUCCACUCUACGCCGCCAACAGGAUCGUCUCAGCGUACAAUCGCGAGAAACAAGAUCACCUGCAAGCCUUUUAGCUGUUUCACGGUAUAAAAAGUCGGUAACUAACAUGUUAUAUGUUUAUUGUGCACUUCUAGCGGCUUAUCUUCCAACAUGGAUUGUUCUGUUGAUAAGAAUUAUUGACGGGAAAACCACGAAAAUGCUGCAACACGCAUCUGAAUUAGCGCUGGUGAUCGUGUUAAUUAACUCAACAGUUAACCCUGGACUGUAUUUAUGGACGAUCAAGGAACUUCGCCGAGCCUCGUCUGACCUUCUGAGAAGAAUAUUUUCAACGCGGCGGGAAAUGAUAGUUAACGGCAGUUCCAAGAGCAGUAGAGUUUCGGAGGGUUUUAGUACUGAACCAAAAAUUCAACUCGUAGAAAUCGGCCUGGAAAAC